UUAUUUUAUUAUACUAAUGGGUUGUGGAUCAUCUAAUGGGAUUUAAGAACCCUCAAACAAAGGUAAAAUGAAUAAUCAUCCUAAAAUAAGUUACUAAGAUAGAGGAUACAAAAUUUGCUUAUUAAGGAUUCGUUACUGAGAAAAAAGGAAAAAUCACUGCUGAUUACAAUCUAAUUUAACCAUGUCUUGGGAAAGGUAUAUAUAUAAAAUAAUUGAUUUAAAGGUGCCUUUGGUGAAGUUUAUAGAGGAAUUCAAAAGGUUACAAAUUAAGUUAGAGCAAUAAAAUUAAUAAGGAAAAAACUUAUGACAGAAGAAGAUUGUUAAAUGUUAACUAGAGAAGUUGAUAUAUUAAAAUAAUUGGUAAUGAUAAAAUUAAAUAUUUAAGGAUCAUUUAAAUAUAAUAUCAAUUUAUGAGUUUUAUUAGGACUCUGAAUAUUUUUAUAUAGUAACAGAAUUAUGUUAAGGAGGUGAAUUAUUUGAUCGAAUAGUAUAAGAAAAGAAUUUUUCAGAAAAGAAAGCUGCAGAUGUUAUGAAAUAGGUGUUAAGUGCAGUAACAUAUUGUCAUGAAAAAAAUAUUGUUCAUAGAGAUUUGAAACCUGAAAACAUACUUUAUGAAACUAAUAAUACAGAUUCAUUAAUAAAAAUAGCUGAUUUUGGAACUAGUUAAAAAUUCAAUCCAGAUAAAAAGAUGGAUUAAAGAGUUGGUACUCCAUAUUAUAUAGCUCCUGAGGUAUUAGAUAGAAAAUAUAAUGAAAAAUGUGAUAUUUGGUCAUGCGGUGUAAUUUUAUAUAUAAUGUUAUGUGGAGGUAAUUAUUAUUUAUAUAUAACUAAUAAAAGCACCUCCAUUUAAUGGUGAUGAUGAUUAUUAAAUUAUGGAAUCAGUUAGAAAAGGAGUGUUUAAAUUUAAAGAAUAAGAAUGGAAGAAAAUAUCCAAUGAAGCAAAAGAUCUUGUUAUGAAAAUGAUUGAAAAAGAUACAAAAAAGAGAAUAUCAGCAAAGGAUGCUAUGAAUCAUCCUUGGAUAUAAACAUAUUGUUAAAAAAAAGAAGAAGAUUUACCUUCACUUACUGAAGCUUUAUAAAGAAUUAAAGCAUUUAGAGUAAUUUAUAUUUAAUAUUUAGGUUGAAAAAAAAUUAUAAGAAGCAGCACUUAUGUUUAUGGUUAAUUUUAUUGCCACUAAAGAAGAAAAAAGAGAUUUAUUAAAAUAGUUUUAAGCUUUGGAUACAAAUAAUGAUGGAAAAUUAAGUAGAGAAGAAUUAGUCAAUGGAUAUAAAAAAGUUAUGAGUGAUAUUGAUGCUGAAACUUAAGUUGAUGAAAUUAUGAAUAAAUUAGAUGCAGAUGGUAGUGGUUCUAUUGAUUAUUCUGGUAUUAAAUUUAUUUAAUUUAUUUAGAAUUUGUUUAUGCUACUAUUAAUAGAGAAAAACUAUUAGCAACUGAAAGAUUACUUUAGGCUUUUAAAAUUAUUGAUAAAGAUAAAAGUGGAGCCAUUACAAAAGAUGAAAUUAAAUUAGCUUUUGGUUAAAACUCUGGAAUUAGUGAAGAAGUUUGGAAAUAGAUGAUUUAAGAAGUUGAUUAGAAUUCUGAUGGAAAAGUACUAUUUUUUUUAAUUAUUUUAGCUUACCUUUGAAGAAUUUAAAUCUAUGAUGAUGAGGAUAUCUUAAAAUUAAAAUUGA